GAGGCCGAAGCAUACAUACAAAAGAGAUCCGGACCUCAAAACGUCCUGUUCUAGGACAUCGCUGUGGUACCAAAGACCCUCAAUCCCCGUACCUAUUUCAACGCUGCUCUGGCGCAAACAUCAUUCAACUUCGUCUCGGUCAACGCCAAUCGAUGCCGCUGUGGUCACGUCCGAAUGAUAGGAGAACAUAAAGUUCUUGUCAUUAUGCUGCUAACGCUAGCUUUAUUGAUUGGCCCAUCGGCUCUCCCAUUCAGUAUCCGGGAUCAUUGGAAGAGGGCUUUGGGAACCAUCAGCUCAAAGAUACACUUUAAUAUUAACCACUUUACCAAGCACUCGCAGGAUUGCCAUCUUGAUGUAUUUGAUACUAUUGAAGCUCGAAGGAGAGGCAUACGCCGCCGCGGGGCACGAUUCCCGUCGAAGCAUGAUUAUGCCUUAGCUCUGCUAUCGAUUAUACUAAGAUUGCGAUUAGAUCGGUUCUUACGAUACGUUCACGAAGCUUAUUCUGAAACGAAGCCCUAGAGUCAGGAUUAUAAAUGUCUGGAUAGUGAAGGCAUCCCCGUCAGUGGCCCGCUACACAGCCUCAAACUUCACCUCAACUCACACUGUGGUUGCGUG